GCAAUACAUAAUCCUCAUACGAGUUCUGUGACCGCCGGAACUGGCAGAUCUGGGAGUACGCCUGGGUUUGAUGCAUCCUCAUGCAAUGGUCAUAAUUUGCAAACCUACCACGCGGCCGCUGUGAGUAUGCAGUCGCUCCGACAUCUGCCCAUGUGAGCAUUGUGUGACUGUGUGAUGCUAACCCUGCCUUUGUGUAACUCGUCCCCACCACAAAGAAAACCUUAGGGCGACAGUGUAUAUAUGGCACACGCAAGUUUCACACGGCAUUCGGAGCGAAUAUAGAUCUAUCACGUCCUGGCGUUAAACCCACAGCUCUGCUCACUCUCCCGUGCUUUCGGUUGAGCUUCAGUCACGAACAGGUCCUAUCGCCGUCCAAGUGAGUAGUCUUCGACAGCCCCAGCUGCGCGUCGAAGCCGCCAGCAUCUUCUCAAAAUGGCAUCCUUCACGAGCCUACUCACUGUCACGUUUUUACUAGGGAUCAUUCCCAUCCUCCGCCGGAUCAGGCGCAUCUACAUCAACUACCAGCUUGCCAAACCAACAGGCUUGCAUAUUAUCAUCGUGCCGCUCGACCCAUACGGCAUAGUCUGGCAGGCUGGCUCCCGCCUUUUCACGCCCAUACUACAGCAUUUCGAUUGGUGCAGGAUUCUUGAUCUAUCUUGGACCUGGGAAGACGGCUCCAUACGACACGAGAAAUAUGGUGACAAUUUCAUUGUGGUCAGUCCUGCUAUGAACGUCUUAUAUACGAGCGACAAAUUUGCAAUCGAGGAAGUGCUGGCGAAGAGAAAAAUAUUCGUCAAGCCGAAGCUAUAUGAGACGUUGGACAUGUUCGGAAAAAAUGUGGACACAGUUAACGGGGAAGAGUGGUCGAGACAUCGCAAGAUUACUGCUCCCUGCUUCAACGAACGGGUUUCCGGUUUUGUUUGGAACGAGUCAAUCCGGCAAUCUCAAGCUAUGCUCGCUCAGUGGCUUUCACAACCCGGAGGCAGGAUCUCAAAGAUGGUUGAUGAUACCCGCAUCGUCGCAUUGCACGUCCUCACCGCAGCUGGUUUCGGCGUCCAACACGAUUUUGUCAGCGGUGCUCGCGUUACGGCUCCAGGGCACAAGCUUUCGCACCGCGACACUCUCAUGAUAUUGCUGAACAACAUCAUCACCACUAUGAUCGUCACUCCGCAUGAGAGUUUCUUCGACAAGACCGCAAUGCUUUUGGGUCCGCGCUUGAAGGGCAUCUUGCUCGCACUGAAGGAAUUUCGGCAAUAUACCAACGAGGCGAUGGCUUCGGAGCGAAAGCUUCUAUCCGAAGAACGCGGAUCUCUGAAGCAUAAUCUCAUGAGUACACUGAUCCGCACGUCCGAUCAAGCCAAGACCGACGGUGUGCAAUCUGCGGCGAAAUUGAGCGACGAUGAGAUCAGAGGCAACAUUUUCAUCUUUAAUGUCGCCGGCCACGACACAGUAGCAAAUACGCUCGCGUAUGCCUUUGCGUUACUAGCCAUCCACCCUGAGGUCCAAACAUGGGUGGUCGAGGAGAUCGAUCAGGUCACUCGGGAUGCGAACACUCCGGAGUACGAAAGAGCUUAUCCGCAUCUGAAAAGAGUCAUGGCUGUGAUGUACGAGACACUGCGAAUGUUUGGACCCGUGCCCCAGAUUCCACGUGGCAUUACUACGCCCAACAUACCUCUGACAAUCAGUUGUCCAGACUCCACGGCAUCCUCCUCUUCAACAACAGUUCUUCUCAUCCCGCCAAAUACCCAAGUAAACCUGAACAUCCACGCAAUGCAUACCUCGCCCUCAGCAUACCCCAGUCCCAAGGUAUGGAACCCCAAGCGAUGGAUCACCUCAACUGCACCAGCAACUCAACCCGCCUCAUCCCUCUCUUCAAUAUUGCAGAACGAGAAGCUUGUCCACAUGGAGCGAGGCUUUGCACCAUGGGCCAGUGGGCCGCGCGUCUGCCCCGGUAUGAAGUUCGCACAGGUGGAGUUCUCGGCCGCGUUGGCGACAGUGUUGAGGAGGGCGUGGAUUGCGCCGAGCAUCAAGGGCGGCGGAGACGCUGAGGAGACGGCAGCGAGAAAGGAGGUGGAGGCUUUGUUAAGGGAUUCGCAUCAUAUCGGGGCGACGAUAUCGAUGAAGAGGCCUGAGGACCUAUGGCUCAAGGUUACGCGGCGCUAGGAACAAGGAGCUGGCGGGGUUCAAAAGCAUCCAUAGCCGUGUGCAGGUAUCAUAGCGGCUGGAGAUCUGUACGAAGUCUUAUCAUGGCCUGGGGUAGAGUGUGUCGAUUUACGAAGUUGGCUUAGUGGUUUGGUAUCCAGCGAACGUGCAAAUUUCUAUCAAAACCCC